AACGCCCAUGGUAUGCUGUCCAACGAUACGGUUCGCUUUGGCGACCACUACGCUCGUGACUGCGACCUCAACCACACCGGGAUCGCUAUACUUCAGCAACAAUCCUACCCCGCCCAGCAGCAGUCCCACACCGGCCGGUGCCGUGAAGCUUCCGGUGAACGAUGUGGAUCGGUGUGGCAUGUCCAACGCAUCCCAUCUGCGCGUCGUCGGUGGUGUUGAUGCGCAGUUGAACGCCUGGCCGUGGAUGGCCCUGCUCGGCUACCGGUCGGCGUCGUUCGAUCUAAACUCCGGCCCACGGUUCCUGUGCGGGGGCACACUUAUCACGACCAGUCACGUGCUCUCGGUGGCCCACUGUAUCCAGGGAGGGCUCUACUUUGUGCGGCUCGGUGAGUACGAUAUCAGUUCCGACCAGGACGGAGCCAGUCCGAUCGAUGUGUACAUUCAACGGUGGCUCGUGCACGAGCGCUACGACGAGAAAACCAUCCGCAACGACGUGGCGCUCCUGUUGUUGCAGAAGUCCGUCGCAAUCACCGACGCUAUCCGGCCGAUCUGCUUGCCGCUGGACAUCCGGCAGCGCACGAAGGACCUCACCUACUACGCCCCGUUCAUCGCCGGCUGGGGUGCGGUAUCGUUCAACGGGCCUACGGCUUCGAAACUGCAGGAAGCACAGGUGGUCGUACUUCCGCUCGAUCAGUGCGCCUUCAACUACAAGCUGUACUUUCCCAACCAAGUGUUCGACGAUACGGUGCUGUGCGCCGGGUUUCCCCAGGGGGGCAAGGACUCCUGCCAAGGAGAUAGCGGUGGUCCCCUAAUGCUGCCGGAGCUCUCGACUAGUGGACAGUACUAUUACUACACGCUCAUCGGACUCGUCUCGUACGGCUACGAGUGUGCCCGGGCCGGGUUUCCGGGUGUCUACGUGAAAGUGGCCGCGUACAUUCCUUGGAUCGAAGCUAACCUCAACUUCUGAAUCAGCGGUUGAUGAUUUGUCU